AUGGUGGCAUCCGAGGCAGCACAAAGUGGCGCUGCCGGGUCGCCGUCUCGCGCCGCGAUGCUCGCCGCAAGCAGCGCUGGUGCCGGCUCGUCAGCGAGCAGCGCUUCGGGCGGCGGCUUGACUGCAGAGGAGGACGUUACCGUUCUCGAGUCGCAGGCUCGGGCGUGGAUCGAGCGUGUCUUGGGUCGGCAGCUUCCAGCGGACCGCUCGCUCCCCGAUAUCCUGGAGGACGGGCAGAUGCUUGUGGAGGUGGGGCGGGCGGCUCAGCGCGCAGCCAGGGGAUGGCUGGUUAUGGGGAAGGCGGGGGGAGGGGGAGAAGGGGGAGGGGCGCUCGGGGGGAAGGGGGCGGGCUCUUUUGCGCGAUGGGGCGGGGGAAAGAGCGGAAGCGGGGCGGGGUUGAAGGAGGGGGAGGAUUGGGAGGAGGGGGAAGGGGAGGCGGAGCAGGGGGAGGGGGAAGCGCCGUCCGCGGAAGUGGGGCGGAAUAUGGCGUUCUGGCGCGCAUGCGUGAAGGUGGAGAUGUUCCUCAAGGUGAUUAUAACGGGGGGGGGGGGAAGGAAAGGGGGUGGUCUGGGUGGGGGGAGAAAAGGGGUGGAAGGGAUGGGAAGACGGGGAAAGUUGUGGGGGCAAGCGAGGGGAGAAUGGGGGCGGGAGAGUGGGUUUGAUCUGUCGCAGCAUAGGUCUAUCUGUCGCAGCAUAGGGCUGUACGACGUUAACGUGUUUACCCCACCCGAUUUGGUGGAGAGGCGGGAUCUGAGGCGGGUGUACCUGUGCCUGCGCACCCUCAGCAAGCGCACCAUCGGAAUCAAGGAUUUUGAGGGCAGCAUGGUGACUGCCACGUCAGCAACACGCCACCGGCUCAUGUCGUCUCCAGUCCCACCGUCACCAAGUCUACCCUCCCUGGUUCCCAUCUCCCCACCACCACCAGAACCACCCUCCCCACGGGUUUCUGCCCCUCUGACCGCUUCCAACUCCUCCGUUCACCUCCCUCCUCGUGCCGCUGCCCCUGCCAGUGCUCCUGCCGCUGCCCCUGCCAGUGCUCCUGCCGCUGCCCCUGCCACUGCUCCUGCCGCUGCCCCUGCCACUGCUCCUGCUGCUGCGCCUGCUGCUUCCUCUCGCUCCCCAGCCACGUUUGGCAAUCCUCCAACUCGGGUGCCUCCGUGGGUGGUGAGGGAGGGGGGAGGGCCAGCAGAGGCUGUUCGGGGGAGGCGGAGGUCGGCCUCGGUUACUGCGGCGCAAAGGGCCCCACCCGCUACAGUCACACCCAGACAGCCAACACCCCCACGCACACAUACCUCCCCUCUGCGCUCCAUCUCCCCUCCCACCGCUUUCCACCCAUCCGAACCGGAGUCCCUCCCUGACACAACCAUUAUGGGUAGGAGGGGCGGAGGGGGGCGGAUGGGGCAACUUCAGCAACAGGAGGAGUUGGGUUUAUUAGAGCAGCAGCAGGGGGAACAGCAGGGGAGGGGGUUAGGGGCUCGGAAAUGGCAGUUGCUUGCAGCAGCAGGGGCGGCGGUGCUGGUGGGGGGAGCGGUGGUGAUGGCAGCUCAGCGCCAUCAACGGCUGAGAUCGACCGGAUCGAGCAGCGAUUGGGAGAGUGAGAAUGUGAGGAGGAGGAGCAGUGACUCACGGAGCAAAGGCAAGGGGAAGGGCUCAGCUGAAGCGGGUUUGGAGUCAGCAGUAGGGAAGGUGGAAUCCGAGGGAGGGUUUUCCCACUGGCUGGCUUCUAUGCCCACUGGCGCGAAGCUCACUGAGAAGGAGUUUGAUGAGAGGUAA